CACGAGCAGCUGUCGGUGGCUGAGAUCACCAACUCGUGCUUUGAGCCAGCCAACCAGAUGGUGAAGUGCGACCCUCGGCACGGCAAGUACAUGGCGUGCUGCCUGCUGUACCGUGGGGACGUGGUGCCCAAGGACGUCAACGCCGCCAUCGCCACCAUCAAGACCAAGCGCAGCAUCCAGUUUGUGGACUGGUGCCCAACCGGUUUCAAGGUGGGCAUCAACUACCAGCCGCCCACGGUGGUGCCGGGGGGAGACCUGGCCAAGGUGCAGCGCGCCGUCUGCAUGCUGAGCAACACCACGGCCAUCGCCGAGGCCUGGGCGCGCCUGGACCACAAGUUCGACCUGAUGUACGCCAAGCGCGCCUUCGUGCACUGGUACGUGGGCGAGGGCAUGGAGGAGGGGGAGUUCUCCGAGGCGCGGGAGGACAUGGCCGCCCUGGAGAAGGAUUACGAGGAGGUGGGCCUGGACUCCUACGAGGAUGAAGAGGAGGGCGAGGAGUAGAGCGGUCGCCUGGCAGAGGACUUUGCUGCUUUUCCCGUGUCACCUGCGGAAACCCUUUGCAAUAAAUCAUUUGAGAACCUUUGUGUCUCCCAGUGACCCCCCAGCUGUGCUGGUUUCUUGCCAGGUCAGGUGUGUGGUGCAUGCUUCAGUGCUGCUGCUGCUGCUGCUAUGCUUCCCCCCUGCGUGCUCUGCUCCUGCUCCAGCUCCAGCUUGCUCCUCGCGCAGGUAAGAGACCCUAGGACUGCAGUGCUCAUCCCACACUGCUCGCCAUCCAGGCAGGGUGGGUACUGCCUCCUCAUGUGGAUAACCCUACAUCCUUCUUGGAGUCCUGAGGAGCAGAUUCAGCCUGAGCACAGCCUGAACUGUGGCUGCUGAAACAUCUUCAUGUAUACAGCCAGUUGGGUAGGUGGGCUUGUCAGAAAGAUGAGUGCUUGGAGCAUUGGGAAAAGCCUAGGGCAUGUCCCAGCUCUGCAGUGCAGUGGAUGCACAUUGUGAGGGCAUCUGGCGUGGCAUGGAUCCCUGUGGCUGUUUUACUACUGUGUUGUGGUGAGAGGAUUAAAGGAGGGGAAUGCUCCCUUUGAAACCA